AUGGGCGUCAGAUACAAUGACGGGGAUAGUGGAGGCCAUCGCACCCUUUGGCCGGGACAGUAUGCCUGGCUCUUGAACAAUGGGCUCGUUUCGUGGGACAACCACAAGAGCUGGGGCCUGUCGAGAGAAGACAUUGAGGACAAGAACAAAGCCGACGGACUUGUCAAGGUGGCUGCCCUCCUUCAAGUCAUAUGGUUCACCCUCCAGUGCAUCGUUCGAUCAGCAAACCAUCUCCCUUUGGCCGCGUUGGAGACAAUGACGCUGGCCUACGUGUUCAACGCCCUUGUCACCUAUGCGUUCUGGUGGGAGAAGCCUAAGGACAUUGCCACCGCCGCAUUUGUUGAAGACACAAACGUCAUUACCGAAUGGGAUGCAAGCCUUUAUAUGACAAGGUACUGGCCUCUAUUAUGUCUUCUUGGUGCCUCUUUCGGCGCCAUUCACUUGAUCUCAUGGGUUUCGGUCUUUCCAUCCGAGGUGGAGCUUUGGCUUUGGCGCGUCAGCGCUCUCAUCUCUGUUGUUACAGCUGUUCUUUGCAUGCAGUUUCGUAAGAUGAGCUUCACCUGGGAAGGUCCUCUGACGAUCAUCAAAGUUAGCAGUCCUUUUCUGUAUCUUGUGAGUAGAUUGAUCAUGGCUGUUGAGACUUUUGCAUGUCUGCGGGCUAUGGAGGCCUCUACUUAUGAGGUUGUCAACAUUUCCAAUUACUGGUUUCAUGUUUCGUAA